AUGCAUUUCUGGAUAGAUAAACGUAGUCAGUGCGCCUAUAGUGGCCGCCAUCGAGUGCCAUCCUCCCUAUCUACUGGCGUGGGACGGACCCGCGGUCGUAAGGGCAUGGCGGCGCCUGUACACAGGUUUACAGCUGUUGACUGUCCCCCGCGACGACCUCAUCGGCCUGUUCGACAUUAUGCACCUCCAUCAAUACCAGCAGUUCACGGAAGUCGAAGGCAAAAUGAGGAACCCAGUCUCUAUGUUGAAAUCUCACCUGAACCUCCUCAGCCCACGAUCGCCAGUUUGGCGGCGGCGAGAAGCGUGACGCCUGACACGUUAUUGCGUACUGCAGCGUUGGGGCUUAACCAUUCGCCCAUGAUGGCUCCACAUCUUAAGUUUGGCAUGCUUGUAUCAUUCGCCCUUGCAACUGUAUUCUUGGCAGGUGCCAAAUAUUAUUUUGAUAGACAGGUGGUGCGCACGGGCAUGAGCCGCGAGGCGGGCGUGGUGUGCGCGGCCGUGGCGUGCGUGUGCGGCGUGAGCUGCGCGCUGUCGCUGUGCCGCACGCGCGCCGCGCCGCCCCCCGCGCCGCCGCACCGCGUGUCCUCCACCGCGCAGCGCCACGCGCACCAGAUGUCUGAGGUAGCAGACGAGCUACCAGCACUUCUGCCAGUAUCAGAGCGAUCAGAACGGCGUAUGGAACGAUUAACCACGGAAACAGUGGAAAGUGGGUUGGAACGAGAAGUGGAUAGAGGGGAGCGAGGGGUGGAAGGCGGAAGCGGCGAAGGUCCUCCCCCGCCUUACCACAUCGCGGUGCUGCUGCCGAGCCGCGCCGCCGCGCCCCCGCCCGCCUACAGUGCGAUCAGCUAG